AAGCAGCCGGUAAUCGAUGAUUAUCUAGUCAGGUAGUGAACAUACCGUCACUCGGCUUAUGUAUUCGAGCCGCCAGAUACUUAGAUUCGUUGUGACAGAUUGGUGAUUCACGAAGCGCCUCAUCUUUGCGAACGGUGUUUUAUUUUCAAUACCGGCAAUACAAAUAUGGCUGAAUGCACAGUCUAUGAACUAUCAGAACUUGAGAGAAAGCAGAAGACAAUCGACAGGGCACCUUUUCGAAACUUGUCCAUCAAUAAUACCACAAUACUAGACACGAUAGAGGGUAGAAUGCCCUGCGAGAGAUGUUAUGCUUCGCGGAAGUACUUUUGCUACCAUUGUUACUUGCCAGUUAUUGAUCAGGUGUACUUUCCACGAGUGAAGUUGCCCAUUAAAAUUGACAUAGUCAAACACCAUCGUGAAAUAGCUGGCAAAAGCACAGCUAUUCAUGCUGUGAUACUGGCACCAGAGGAUGUGAAAAUCUACACAUAUCCACAAAUCCCUGAGAUAUUAGACAAAGAAAAAACUGUUUUAAUUUUUCCUAGCAAAAUCGCCAUAGGAGUGAAGGAUCUUUUUAAAAAAGAAGAAGCAGAAGAUGAGAGAGGACAAAAUUCUACUACAGUCAAGAAGAUAAAAAAUAUGCUUCCCAUAAGAAGAGCUAUUUUUAUUGAUAGUACAUGGCAGCAAACCAAAGAGAUAUAUAAAGAUGCUAGAUUACGUGAACUACGCUGUGUGAUUUUGAAGUCAAGAAUUUCUCAGUUUUGGCGAAAUCAGAAGAACUGUCCAAGAUGGUAUUUAGCUACUAUUGAAGCGAUUCAUCAGUUUUUAGUGGAAUUGCAUACAUGUGCCUUUGGUAUAAUAGAGAAUUAUGCUGAUUUAGAUGAUUCAACAGUAAAUAGAGAAGAGAGCUUCAUAAUUCCCAAUGAAGAAUACUUAGAAACGUAUUUAGCAACAGAUCUCAGAUAUAACGGACAGUAUGAUAAUCUUUUAUAUUUUUUUAAGUAUAUGUAUAAUAAGAUUCAUACCAUAUAUGAUCAUGAUAAAUUAUUAGCUUACAAAAGGCCACUUUUGUAAUUGUUUAAUUACUCUUAUAUAAUCUUGUGAUAAA